UUCAUCUGUUCUACAACUGAUUAAAUAGGAGGAUUGUUUGUUUUUGUUUUUUAUUUUGACGAAAAUUUCCUUUUAUUUCUCGCUUCGAACCGAGAUGUUUAAGCCCGAACUGACUGUCGACGACCUGAGGGCUUUCGUGGAAAAACCGAUCUACACGACAGAAAAGGACAAUGUAUCAACUCUCGAACAAAUCCUUAACGAGGACGAAGGAGAAAAUGAAAUUUACCCUGGGAUACCAGGAUUGGGUCAGUUCCUGCCAGUUACGCCUUGUAUUACUUAUGAAGAUGAAGACGAAUUAGAAGAGGAGGAGGAAGAGGAAGGGCUGCCGGAAGAACUUAAAUCGGAAACAAAGAGUAAAACAUCAUGUAAACUCAGGAUGAGCGAAGCCGCCGAACAAGACGGAGAGACGCAGAAGAUCAACGUCCACCUCCCGGCGAACCUGUUGUUGUUCAACAAACGUGGCACACUUUCCCAACGCGAGAAAACGCUAUUUCGGUACUUCAGGAGGAGGAGGAUAAUCGACCUGUUCAAAUUUAUGAUGAAUCACUUACUUGCGAAUGAGCCAGAACACCCGCUCGAGUUUCUUCGAGGUCUGCUUGACCAGUGUCUUCUAUUCCGAUCGGGCCAUGCAGAAAGAGCGCCCCUUCUUUUCGAAGAUAAGCACAUCGACUCAAUUUUCCGAGCCAUGGACCCUGGGAAGAGCGGCUUCAUCACCGUCGAGCAGUAUUUAAACGGUAUGAAGACCAUGUUUCUAAAAGAGUUCUCCACCAAUCCUGUUGUCGACGAAAAAACCGGCCUGGUCAGCCAGGCGGAGUUCUUCGAAAACGCAAAGUUGGGCCUUGUUGAAGAUCUCCUCGACAUGAUAAUUGUCCCUCCUCCUCCAGAACCACCGGAAGAAGUCGAAUUCGCGGUCUACGACACGGCCCUGCUAGCUCGGCAGAAGCAGAUAAUGAACGUCGAGUCGGCCCGGCGUUACCUCGAGUCCCUCCUUGAGUGGCAGCAGAAGCAAAAGGUGCAGAAGGAGUGCUUCAACAAACCUCCCGACGGUGGGGAACUACCACCGAUCAUACCAGAGGAGAAGUUCGGCGAACAUUUCAAGCCGCUCAAGACGCUCCAAGACGCGUACAGACCUCCGUCCAAUUGAUCCUGAAAAUGAAAGAAACAAUAAACUCUCGAAUAUGAA